AGACAGCAGAGCUGACAGUUGCGCAGAGACAACAGACAUGUCCCCUUGUCCAAAUGGUUUCUCUCCUGUUCACAUCAGGAUGUCUGAGAAAGACAACCUCAAAGUGAGCCUAAGAAAACCCGUCGUGGAGAAAAUGCGCAGGGACCGCAUCAACAGCUGCAUCGAGCAGCUCAAAGUCAUCCUGGAGAAGGAGUUUCACAAGCAGGAGCCCAACUCCAAGCUGGAGAAGGCCGACAUCCUGGAGAUGACGGUGAGCUUCCUGAGGCAGCAGCUGCAGUCGGGCCUCUGUCACAGCUACUCUCACAGCUGGAGGGACUCUGUGCGGUUUCUGUCUGCUGGCGCCAACGCUGAGGUGGGGCCUCCGCAGCAGCAGGACCAGACCCUCCAUCAGGUCCAGACACCCUGCAGCUCCUCCAGCCUCAGGACCAGCUCACAGCAGGACAGCACCACAGGUUCUGUUUGGAGGCCCUGGUAGUGGACUUGCAAACUCUGAGGGGAGAAACUCCAUGUUCAGCCUGUUCUGUUAGUGUGGACGUCCUUCUUGUCUCAUCACAUUGAUGGACACAUAAAAGUGAUGCGCUUCUUCUUAAAAGAUCAUCCCGCUUUGACUCUUUUUCUUGUUUUUUAUUAUUCUUCGUUUUGUUUCUUCUUUUCUGUUUAAAGCUGGAGAUUCAUUUUGAGUGAUGCUCGUUUUGUCAGUUUAUGUGAUCAUUUACUCCAGUGGAGUUUAUUUGUCAUACUAUGUUUUUUUUACUAAAAAAAAACUUCUGUUGA